UGUGUUUUGCUGCAGGAGGCGAUACAGGGAAUAUGGAUAUACUUAAAGGUGUAUUUCUCUAAAACCUUCUUCACCAUGAAGUCAUUUUGCCUCAGCAACCGUGUGUGCAGUGAAAUGCUGCUCAGCAGCAAGCAAAGUGAAAGGAAUUAGCUUCAAUAUUUUUGUUCUCUUUAAUAUCUUGGUGAAGAAAUCAUUGGGAUGGCUUCUACAAAUAAAAGAAAUUCUGCAGGGAGAAUUCAAAAUACACUUUGCCCUGAAGGUGGAGUCUGCAAGCACGGAUUCCUCAUCAAAUCACCACCUCUUCAACUUUUCAGCUCACAGAAUUCCUGGAAAAGGCGUCUUUUCAUCCUGUCCAAAUCCAGCAAGGGGAAUUACAUCCUGAAGUAUCUAAAAGGCCAACAUGUAAAAGGCUCCAUAGCUGUUGAUCAAAUCAUAAGUAUUGAAGUUGGCAUAAGAAAUUUUGAAAUUAUGGAAACAGUGAGGAAGAUGUUUAAAUGCCUUCCUGAGCAGGUGAUGUCCAUCAGUACUGGAAACAGAUGUUACUACCUCAUUGGGGACAGCAGGCAGGAAACAGAGGACUGGGUGACUCUGAUAUCUUCAGUCUGCAGGGAGGACAAACAAGGUGGAUGCUGCCCUCAGAACCAAGAUCUUCCAAAUCCGGGAGUCAGAAGCCGGCCCUCCUCUUUGCCACUAUUCUUAAAUUCCAUAGAUAUGACCAGUUUCACAGAAAGGCAAAGCUGCCAGAAGGAGAACGGUUGCUCAGAAGACAAGAACAGGCCUUAUUCAGAUCCUGGCCCUCAUCAGGCUCAGUGUGACUCACCAAGAGGAGUGUUUCCCAGCCUGGAUAAAAUUCUGGGAAGAAGUGAGGAAAAUCUGCUGCCAUCAGAUACAGAUGAAAACAUCCAAAAGGAUGAAGAAGAUUAUUACCAAACUCCCAGCAAUAUUUUAGCACAGUGCGCUGCUGAAGUAUCAAAGCCUGACCUUAUAGCUGGAACUGAUGUCCCUGUGCAAGAGAAACCAGUGCAAAACAACCCAGUAAAGGAGAACAUUUAUAUGUCUAUGAAAUCACUUAGGUUGCUGGAUGAGAGAUGCCAACUCACGUGCAGACUUGAUGGGCUCCCAUCUCCUCCCAAAUGCCAGGACAGCAGUGCAUGUCCAAGAGACUUGGAAGCAAACAGAGACAUAGAAUUCCCAGAAAGCAGCACCACCCUGCAGCCAACCCUCCAGAAAAGGCAAAAUUCAUUACCACUUUCAGUGGUUCAGUUGUCUAUACUGCUCAGUCAAGUUACAGAUGAGACCCAGCUGCAGAAGUUGGAUAUUUUUCUACCCCUGGCUGAUAUUAACAGUUACCUAAAAUUUACUGAAGCAGCAGGACGAAUAUGCAUUUCACACUGGACUGGUCCCCACAGACUGGGAUGUUUGUUUAACCACGGAGAUCAUGUAGUGGCUGUGAAUGAUCUGCAACCCCAGGGUGUGGAAGAGGCUUACUUCUUCAUCAGCAGGUCCACAAGAAAGGAGGUGAAACUUACUGUCUGUAGGAUUCCACAGUCAGAUCUCUUCCAUGCUAAAGGCUGCUCAUGUUCCUGAAAAAAAAAGACCUCAGUGAUUAAUUCAAAGGCCUGUUUGUUCUGAAUUCUGAAUAAAGGCAGAGGGAAACCCCAGUUCUGGAGCUACAGAGGCUGAAAAUGGAAGAAGAGACAUGGAGGAAGAAGGAGUUCUUCUCCAAAGCUGCUAUGGGACACCUUUGCUCUGCACUGCUUCUUUGAGUACAGCAAAUCCAUUUCUGCCUAAGGAAUCUCUGAAGGAUUGGAUGGCUGGCUAUCAUUAUACAGGGCUUCUUCCAGCUCUGUAACUGUGUCAGCCUGCUGGGACAGUCCUCAUGGCCUGAACCCUAAAAUCACAGAUCGUCUAGUUCAAGAGUAUUCACCAGGAUGUCAUCCUCAGUCUUUUCUGGCCAAGAGUUGCCUAAGGUCUUCUUCUGAACUUUAGAAAAGGAAAGUCCAAACCUUCUUGUGUUGUUCCAAGACUCAUCUCUCUCUCUAAAAUUAGGAAGCUUUUUCUACUGUUUAUCCUAGACAUUUUUUUCAGAAAGUUAACCUGAUUUUUCUUGCCUUGUUUUCAGUGGGCAUGGGGAAUAUUUGGGUUUCCACUGUCUCCAGAGGAAUCUUCACUGUGGAAGGUGGUUUUUUUCUGCCUGUUCUCCCUACUCUUUUUCUUAGACCAAGUAUCCUGCAUUCUUUCAUCAUUUUUUCAAACAGUUUCUGCAAGUGGUCAUAUGUCACUGAACUGCGAGACAAAUACCUUGUGUUUCCAGUUAUAGAUGAACAAAGGAGGUGAGAAAUUGAAAUUCAAAGAAUUUCUUCAAAAAGAAAGUCAAAGCCAUGGAGCAAUUUUCUAGAAUUUCACAGAAAAACAUUUCCAAAAAGAGGUGAACUAGUGAAGAAGCUCCCAUGUGGUGGUGGGAGAAGAGCCCCUCCAUGUAACCUGCAAGAGGCAUAGCUGCUGAAGCAGUUGAGCACUGCAUGCUGCACCUGUCAGCUAUGGAAAAAUGUUACUUUGGGACAAAAAUAGGAUUUGGGUAGUUAAGUCCAGAAUAUUUCAGAAAACCUGGGGGGAUUACUUCUGUACUUCAGUAAACAGUUACUGAUGUGUUACUCCAUAAUUGAUCGUUAUGUUAGCUUGCACAAUGCUAAAUGCACAUAAUUAAUGUCACAUAUUGGCUGAUUCCUAACACUUACAGAGAUACAAUAUGGAAAUGACAUUGGUACAGUAAAUUCUGGUAGAGUGUGUGAAGUUGUAUGCCCACAUAUGAUUAAUAAAUAUGUUAACACUUAGAACACAUUGUAGGCUGCAAAAUACCUCGCUUUCUCCUAACACAGCCCCUCUUUGUCCUCCAAAGACCACCUGUA